UAUAGUUAUAGUGUUGGGGCGAUGAGUUUACCCCGGUUGACAGGGGCGUGGCGUGCGCGCUGACUGGCCGAUGACUUUCUGAAAGCAGCACUCUUGCAUGACCACUCAAAGUGACAGUAGCGAUGGCUGGGAACGGGAGACAGCUGCGCUUGGUGAGACCCCGUCUCCACACUCGAAUUGCCAUGAAAAACUAGGUGUUCUACGAGAGUUUGGCCUCGGGUCUCUGUGUGAAGAACUUUUUUGAAUGAAUAAGUUGGCCGGCCACUUUCAAAAGAGUUUGGUAAGCUGGCAGUGCUGCCAGGAUUUGGGAACGGGGGGAGCGGGGAGGGCUCCUGCUACCUUUGGGAGGUCUGUAUGCUUUCAUCGCACUCAAACUGUGGCACCAGUGGCUGCUGGAUAUUGCUUUCGUUAGAUAAGUUUACUUCAGUCAAGGGUCAUAGACUUGAUUUAGAACCUUAGUCGAUGGAUUUGCCGCCCUCAAAACAACUUCAUUUUAACUGUACUUUCUCUCUAGGCUAGAAAUCGUGAAGCAUGGGUGACUGGAGCUUUCUUGGGCGGCUCUUGGAAAAUGCACAGGAACACUCGACAGUGAUCGGCAAAGUCUGGCUGACGGUACUCUUCAUUUUUAGGAUUCUGGUGUUGGGAGCGGCAGCUGAGGAGGUCUGGGGCGAUGAACAGUCGGACUUCACCUGCAACACGCAGCAGCCUGGCUGCGAGAACGUCUGCUACGAUGAGGCCUUCCCCAUCUCCCAUAUCCGCUUCUGGGUGCUCCAGAUCAUCUUCGUGUCCACGCCAACGCUCAUCUACCUGGGCCACGUCCUGCACAUUGUUCGUAUGGAGGAAAAGCGGAAAGAGCGUGAGGAAGAGUUGCGAAAGGCUAGCCGGCUCCAAGAGGAGAAAGAACUCCUGUAUAGAAAUGGAGGGGAGCCUGGUGGACGGGGUGGGGGCGGCAAAAAGGAAAAGCCGCCAAUCAGAGACGAGCACGGCAAAAUCCGCAUUAGAGGUGCCUUGUUGCGCACCUACGUGUUCAACAUCAUUUUCAAGACCCUGUUUGAAGUGGGGUUCAUUUUAGGUCAGUAUUUCCUCUAUGGUUUCCAGUUGCGGCCCCUGUAUAAGUGUGCGCGGUGGCCUUGCCCCAACACGGUAGACUGCUUCAUUUCCCGGCCUACAGAAAAGACCAUCUUCAUCAUAUUUAUGCUUGUGGUGGCUUGCGUGUCCCUUUUGCUGAAUUUGUUAGAAAUCUAUCACCUCGGAUGGAAGAAGGUCAAACAGGGCAUGACCAAUGAGUUUGCCCCGGACCGCGAAUCGCUGCCUGAUGCGGACGAAGCUGAGCCCGAGUCCCCCAGAACUGCGCCUCCAACCCUCAGCUACCCGCCAGACUACACGGAAGUGGCGGUGGCGGGUGGCGCGUUCCUCCAGCCUGUGUCAGCGCCCUCCACGGCAGAGUUUAAGAUGGACCCUUUGCGCGAGGAGCUUGAGGAGUCCUCACCUUACUACAUCAGCAACAACAACAACCACAGGCUAGCUGCUGAGCAGAACUGGGCCAACCUGGCCACCGAGCAGCAGACUCGGGAGAUGAACGCCGCCUCCCCAUGCCCUUCCUCCUCAUCUUGCUCCUCUGAUAACGCACGGCAAUCCAAAGAUGCCGCUCAGCUUGCCAGCACCCCCUCCUCCGCUGGUGGCGGUUUGAGCACUGGGCCAGAGGAGGGGCACGUCACCACCACAGUGGAGAUGCACGAGCCGCCCGUCAUUUUCACUGAUGCUCGACGACUGAGCAGGGCUAGUAAAGCCAGCAGUGUCAGAGCGAGGCCCAAUGAUCUGGCGGUGUAGUGGCUCUGCACCUCAAAGCACAGAUUUUUGUGGACAAAAAUACAGAGACGCACCAGAAAAGAAGAGGAAGGGAGAGGCAGAAUGCUGGAAUGGGGAAGAGUUCAGCCAUCCCUUAAAAGAUGGCUGCUGAAUACUGGUUAGUGCAGCAGUUGAAUGGAGCAAUACAACUGAUACACCAAAAUCUAGAGUGGUUCACUCAGAAAAAUGUCACUUUAAUAAGUCCAAUGAUUCAGUUAGUAGACACAUUUCAUAGAAUAACAAGCUGAUGUUUGUAUUGCAAUAAUGCAAGUUCCAAACAAGUAAAACAAAUUCAAUAUUACAUGGUUAUUGUUAUUAUUAUUAUUAUUAUUAAUAUUAUUACUAUUAUUAUUAUUAUAAUCCUGGAAUAGCAAUUGAUGACAGUACUUCCCAUCUGACAUUUUCUUUUGAAGGUUUGCUUUGUUGUUCCAGCAUCUGUCUCUCGAUUUUCUCAUUCUAAAAAGAAAUCAAAGUGUUGGGGAAGGGGAAAAAAGUAAAAAGCACAUUGCCUGAUGAAAGUGGCAAACGUUAAUGCAUCACAGAGAAAAGGUCAUCCAUACAUUAACUGAGGCAAGUGAAGUAUUUAGUUAGAUAACUGUUGUACUACUGAAUGGUGCAGAGUUUUAAUUCAUAUAGCUUGUGUAUUCUCUGGACCAUAUUUUUUUCAAUCCCAUAAUCUGAAUUUCACAUCCUGUUCCUCUGUUGGAUUUGAGAGUUUUGAUAUAUGACCAAUUUGAUAUGACGCCAGGAAAACAUGAUCUCUUUGGAAGUAGUUAAUCUGAUGAGAGGAGUACUAACUCUUAUUACAUUUGAAAUCCUCAUUGUUUUUAGUUCGAAAAGCUUGGACAUUUUCUAAAAAUGUUAGCAAUUGGUUGAGAAUGAGUAAAUCAAAAAAGCAUUGCUUUUCUGUAGUCACUGAACUUAGUCUGAACUUUAACUCUGAAAACUGGACUGACACUUUCAAUUUACUAGAACUUCUAUGUUGAGCCGCUUUGACACACUCUACAUUGUAAAAGCGAUAUAGAAAUAAAGAUGAAUUGAACUGAAUAGUCAGUUCGUGGUUGCCAAAAAAAGAGUUACUUCAAAAUGAACAUAAAAAAGAUGCUGUAAGUGUCUAAUGCUAUUAUGGAGUUUAUCCCCUUUUUUUUGGUCCAGUUUCAGGUUACUGUGAGGCCCUCAUUUUCACUCACUACUACUGCUGUUGUGUAGGACAUGCCUUCUGUACACAUAACAAUUUAAACCCAUAUGACAGCACAAUAUUAUUUAUUUUCCUUCAGAAAACUGUUCUUGAGACCCAUCAAUGUACAAUGCUCCUAUUAUCAGGUAUAAACUUCAGCAAUCUAUUUAAGGAGAGAGACAGCCCUGAAAUAUAAACGGUACAUUACUUCAUCAUGCAGAGACUGUGCAGGUUUGUGCCUAGGACAGUAUUAGAUCUGCUUUACCGGAUCACAGUAUUUACAGAUGUAUGUUAUUUAUUUUCUGCUGUUUUAAUGUAUCCAAAAAUGAAAGUGUGUUAUUUUGUCUUUUUUUGGUUCUUAAAGUUUACAUUUUAGUAUAUAGUUGAAGAUUUGCACAUUUAGGCAAAAGACACUGUUCAUUAAUUCUUACAUUGGUAGAAAAGAGGAAAUAUUUUUGAUCCUUAAAGGAAAAUGUCUUAAUGGUAAAAGUCGUUGUGUUGAUGGCAGUAUUCUUCCACUUAAAUAACAUCAAAUGUAAUUUAUAAAGCAGCACUUGUAGAGUAUAAGAAAUAUACACGUUUCCCAUGUUUUAUUUUAGGACUGUUGUAGUGGCCUGAAAGGACCGCAGGAAAUUUGAACAUUUUGGAUUAUAGCAUUUCAUCGAUUCUGAAUUGGAAUUGGCCAGCCAGCCAGCUCUUUCCUAUCUCGAUCCGUUUGUAGUGUACUUAGUUGCAGCACAUUAUUCUCAGAUAACACUCAUUUCUUGAACUGAUUUUCUCAAGCAGAGCUGAUUAUUCUGACCAAUCAGGGAAAAUGAACCACCUACAUAUGCUCAGAACAGCAGCCUGUUUCAAUGCUGUCUUAAGAGAAGUGCCUUGUGUAUUCAAUUUUAUAAGAACAAGUUGAUGUAAAUGUUCAUUUACCUCAAAUGUUUACAAAGCUGUUACUAAAUAAACUUUUUGUACCAUAAA